AUGUCUGCCCAUAAUAAUAAAGUUUGCAGAAGUAUUUCAGUGAUAAGCAACUCCCCAUUAGGCUUACCAACAUUCAAUCAAACCCCUAUUUCCCUUGCCCCAGAUUUUGCUUUAUCAUUGCUUAACAAAGAGCUCGAAGCUCAAAAAAAUUGCUCAAUUCAAGUGAUCCAAGAGCUGGUAAAUCUUUAUAGACAAGCCAUUGAAUACUAUGAAUUUGUCAAUGACCAAAAGUUCAUGUAUUAUCAAGAUCGUUUACAUAAAUUUUUAGUCAGACCUGAUAUUCUCCAUGCAAUGCAACAAGAAAAUGAAAGACUAAAAAUAACGAGAGCUACAAACAGAAAACCAAGAAGCCGAGCAACUACAAUAGCCAAACUCCAACCAGUGAAAUCGAACCCUGAGCACCGAAAUUUGACUUCAGAUGAAGUUAAAGCAAUAAUUCCACCAGUUUCGCCCAAAAAAAUCAAUAAAAUAAUGACAAAAAACGAAGAUGAAACCAAAAUAGUUACAAGCAAAACUGCUAAUGACUUCAAAACACAAGAUCUAAAUUUAGAAGAAAGGCUAAUUAAUAGAAGACAAAGAUCUUCAAAUACUUCAUUAAAUAGCAGCUUUAAUCAAGACAGCUGCAGCCCGGAUAAACGAGUGCAAAUCCCAUAUGACGAUUUAAGUGACAAUGAAGAAGAAACUCGGGUCAGCUCAAGAAGAUCAAGCUCAAUUUCGGUUAACCAAAUCAAUAAUGAAUUAAAUAGAAUACAACAAGAAAGGAAAGAGUUUUCUCCAGAAGUCCUGGAAAAGAGGCUAGAAGAGAUUAUGGAAAAACAUUUUUGUGAGAAAACUGAAAGAAUUGCAGAAAUUAAAGUAAAAUAUGAAAGAGAAAUGCAAAGACUUAGCGAGUCAGGGCUGGCUAGCAGAGGGAAAAUGAAUGAAAUUAGGAGACUUAUGAAUGAAGAGAUUGAAGCUGUAAAUGCAGCUUUGGAAUUUUCGAAACAAGGGGAAUUACUCAAACUAAAAGAGUGCUAA